UUAUUCUUAAUUGUAUAUACCUAUGUAUGUGCAUAAGUAUAUGUGUCACUAUGUCUAGAAAAAAUAUCAGUGGCAGGGUAUUUAGCUUCAAAGGAUAAAAACUUAAAUGGAAAAAAAUAAAUAGAAACGAAAUAGCAGAAAAUCAUGCUUUUGAAGUGAGCACCUCCUUGAAUAUGAAUUCAAUUGAAUUAAAUUUUCAUAAAAGCCAACUUAAAAUCAGCAAUUUGGGGUAUACAUUCUUUUUAAUAUAUAACAAUAACAAUAACCCUAUCAUUGGUAAUAAGUGAAUAAUGCCGGCGUACGAAAUUAAAAAUUAUUGUGCAAAUAUUAUGCGAAUGUAAGUGGAUUCAACAAUUUCGAGAAAGGCAGCGAGACAAGCAAGCCUUUUGGUCAUUCAACAAACAAGCUCAAACUCAAAUAGUUUAAUUAAAAUAUUUAUUUCGAUGUUGCGUUCUUGCCAUGCAUCGAAAUCGAAACGUGCUUACGCAAAACACAACAAAGUGAAAUUUGCAUUAACCAGCAGCAGUAGCUACAUAUAAACGUGCGACAAGUUCGAUGUGAAUGUUGAAUUGUACCUAUGCUUAAUCGAAAAUGAAUACGGACGAUGAAGAGCGUGUCUGUCUGCGUUCAGAGGAAGAACGCAAUAUGGACGACAAAUUGAUGAGCGUCGAAGUGCAUUUACGCACAUUAAGCCAAUCGCCGUUAGCGAUGCAACGCCAACAACAACGUAGAUUAAGCAGCUACAGCACGCAGAGUACAACAAAGCCCACAACCCCAAUUCAACGACGGCGCUGUUCCGGCGGAAAUGCCUUUACUAACAGCGACGAAUAUGAACAGCCACGUCCGACAUUGGCACAACACGAGAUUCUCGACCAAGAUGAUAGCAAAUACCCGCGCGUGAAUAUGGACAAACCCAUAGCCAUGUCGUUGACCCUCGAUGUCACCGAUAAUGGCGAUAGUGGCGUGGGUGGUGACGAGGAAGCCGACAUGGGCCUCAGUAAUCCGGCGGCACAAAUUGGGGAUAAUGAUGAAGCCGUCAUCGCUGCUGAGGUUAAGGAUGAGGAUGUAGUCGACAGUAGUAUAUUGCGUGUGAAGCAACUGCCUGAUAUGUCGAAAAUUCCACGACUUCCUGGCGAUGGCGCCCAAAUGGACGAUCAGCAGUCAUCAAAUUCGCUGCAAAUCUCUGCAAUGGAUAACAAAACAUCUCCGAAUUUGAGCCGAAAUACAGCCGUUGCAGGACGUGGUGUAGGCGGUGGUAAAAAUAAGCCAAUACGUGUACAAUCCGUGCGCAUUGUUGAACAGAGAAUGAAGCUGGGGCCCAAACGACGCACCGAAAGCUGCAGCAUAUUCGCCAACACCAGCAAUUAUGAUUGUGAGGUAGAGGAUUGCAAACCGGUAUCUCAGCCAAGACCGCUCAACAAUCAAACAUAUUCGGCAUUCAAAAGUGCCAAUGUUGUCAAAGGCAUCUUGUGCCCAUCGCUAACGAACUCAUUUAAGCAGCAUUCAUUGGAGCGUUCUUAUCUGACUUAUACCCAUCGUCAACGCCAAAAGUCAUUGAUCAUUGUAAAUCUGGUCGAUUUUAUGCUGAAAAUAACGCUAGCACUUAUUUUGUUCCUUAAAAGAAAUAAACUUGAGAAAAAUACGCGCAAUGAAAGCUACAACAACAUAACGAAUAAUGGAACAGAAGAAGUAAAAUUUACAACUUCAAUUAUCUGGUCUGUUUGUUGUAUUGUGGCUAACUUAGGCAUUUGUUGUUUGGGCUUUUGGAGAUGCUUUGCCAAUAACUAUUUGCAUUGGGCCGCCGUAUGUACGUGGGUUUUAAUGAAUAUACAAGGUUUCGUUGGACAAGGUAUAGGUUUCACGUAUCGCGAAUACUUGGUCUGGUACAUCCUGUUCGUAAUAUUUGUGCCGUAUGCAAUGCUGCCGUUGCCACUGAAAUGGUGCGUCGUCGGCGGUACCAUCACUGCUAGUUGUCAUCUGGCCGUAAUUACCAUAAUAAAAGUUAGGCGGAAAGAACAAUCUGACUGUAUAGCAUUUCAAAUGAUCGCAAACUUCAUUUUGUACACGGCAAUUAAUGUGGCUGGCAUGUACACCAAGUAUCUGACGGAUCGUGGGCAGCGCCUUGCUUUCAUCGAAACGCACAAAGCCAUGGAACAUAAAAAGGAGUCGGAGAAGGAAUUGCAACGUACCCAAAAGUUGUUGGAUUCAAUACUACCGAAUAUUGUGAACAAUCAAAUUCGCGCUGAAAUGUAUAAAGGCACCGAUCCCACUGUCGAAACACAAUUUAACAAACUCUAUGUGUAUCCGAUGGAUAAUGUUAGUAUACUUUUUGCCGAUAUCAAGGGUUUCACUGAGUUGGCAAGUAAAACAUCCGCCCAACAACUGGUCAAAAUUUUGAAUGAUCUAUUUGCUCGUUUCGAUCGCAUCGCCGAGGACAACCACUGUUUGCGUGUGAAACUAUUGGGCGAUUGCUAUUAUUGCGUGUCACAGUUUGAAAGCGACAAUUGGAAGACCCGACCGGAUCAUGCGGUAUGUAGUGUGGAGACUGGCUUGCACAUGAUAAAGGCCAUCAAGGAUGCACAGCUGCACACGCAUGUUGAUUUGAAUAUGCGAAUCGGCAUUCAUAGUGGUUCGGUGAUGUGUGGCGUUUUGGGCAAUAAAAAGUGGCAUUUUGAUGUUUGGUCCAACGAUGUUAUUAUUGCCAAUCACAUGGAAUCUGGCGGUAUUCCCGGACGUGUACACAUCUCAGAAGCCACACUUAAGUGCCUCAACGAGGCCUACGAAGUGGAGCCGGGCAACGGUGGUAGUCGAGACAAUCACUUAAAAAUGUUGAACAUCAAAACGUAUCUUAUAAAGCGCACUGAACCAUUAAGACCAAAACGUCGCUUUGGCACGCGCAGCAGUCAACAUUUGGCCAACACCAUUUGCAGUGCGCCCGGCUGCUCGGAUACUAGCACUCCUACUGCCGUCACAACACCCGCCAGCAUAGACUCCAAAUCCAUAUCUACCGCAACUGGUGGCGAGACGCAACAGCAACAGCAACAACAAGCAAACUUAACACCAAAUCCACUUCCACCACUUGUUUCGCUGCAAAAGAAGAAUAUUUCGGUAAACUCAUUGCCAAAUGUGAUGGAAGGUGUAGCGUUGGAUAAUGGCAGACGUGUGGGUGAUGGCAUCAAUGGGACAGCCAAAAAUGGGGGUGGCGGCGGUUCAACUGGCUUGUCAACGGUGUCAUCACCUACAGCGAUGACUGAGCCCGCAGUGGUUCACCAGCAGCCGUUAAAAUUUAACGGUACCGCAACUAGUGUACAGAAUCUGACCAGCGCACUCGACCCAAAAGCAUUAAUUAUCGAAGAUGAACCAACCACUGAAUGGACACCGGAAAUUCCAUUUAAAAAUCUCAAUUCCCCACAAGACGGUCUCAACCGAAGUGACUCUGUUUUAUGUGAUACCAAACAUGAGCAUGGCCUUUCAAUGACAGUGUUGGAUGAAGAGAUUGACGAUUUUAUAGAACAAAAUAUACAAAUAAAUUCCAAUAAGGAAAUUCGACGAGAGUACCUGAAUACGUGGACCUUGAAAUUUAAAGACUCCUGUCAAGAACAAAAGUUUUGUCAAUUGCGUGAAGAUAUGUUUAGAUCAAAUAUGCUGUGCAUUUUUAUUAUAUGGAUUUUUAUUGUGAUGUGCCAAGUCAUUAUCAUACCGCGUUGUACCAAAUUAAUUAUUUGUAUGGUGCUAGGUACAAUAUUUUUGACGUUUGCUUGCGUUCUUGUCAUGGCAGAAGAGUUUUCAAAUCUCCCAAUUUACCUGAAACAAAAUUCCGCCAAACUGGUGCAUCAACGUCGAAGACGGACAUUUUUCAUUUGCAUUGUCAUUGUAUUGAUGUCGGUUUUAAGUGCAAUUGGCUUAGUAUUCUGCCCGGACUCGACGUAUGCUUUUGAUAACACAGACAACAAUAACAUUACUACGGCUAGUAACCAGUUACAUAGCAAUUACGGCAUUAACAAUUCAGUUACUGCUCUAAUGGCAAGUAAUAGUGAAAAGGAAAUCAAGUUGAAUGUCUACUUGUCGGCGACAAUACAUCACAAUAUAACGAUAAAUGCAGCAAAUGGCACAAUCGUCGAUGCAUUCAUCACCGACAAUCUAACAGCAGCACCAGCUGGCGAUCUCGUGCGCCAAAGUAUUGUUAAUGCGUUAAACUUAACACAAACACCCAUAAAUCUUUUAAAUGCCACGUCGAACAAUACAAUCGAAUCCUUUGAACAAUCUCCACGCUCAAUUUUAUUAGCAGCCGCCGCUGCUGCUGCUGCUGCUGCACCGGUCUUCAACGGCAGCGAAAAUGAAUCGGAUUUGGCUUAUGUAAAUAACCUGGAACUUCUCAAUAGUCUUUCCACCGAAGUCAAUGCCUCAGAGGAGUUGACGGGAAGUAGAAAUGAUUGCGCACAUCCUGAGUAUAUAAUUUUCACUUGGGUGUUGUGUCUUGUUUCGCUGGCGACGGCCUUGAAGCUCUACUAUCUCAUCAAAACAUUCAUGGCCAUGGCUAUGGUCGGCUGCUAUAUGAUCUUAAUUUUAACAAUCUUUCCGACGCUCUACGCAUCGUCAGCUGCGUACUUUGAUUAUCAACUUAUGGCGAUGCCUUUGGAUGUGCAGAUGAUUAUAUUGCUGUGCUCAUUUUUGAUAAUGGUGGGCUAUCAUGCCCGUCUUGUUGAGGUCACUUCGCGUUUGGAUUUCAUCUGGAAGGAGCAAGCUGAGCGUGAAUUAAUGAAUAUGAAAUCGAAUCGUGCACUCAACGACACAUUAAUUAAGAACAUUUUGCCUCAUCAUGUAGCUGCUUAUUAUCUCUCCGACGAGCACACAGAUGAAUUAUAUUCGAAAAAUCAUUCUCUUUGUGGUGUUAUGUUUGCUUCCAUACCUAAUUUUCAGGAUUUCUAUUCGGAGGACAUCGACAAUGGAAAAGCAUGCAUACGAAUUUUAAACGAGAUUAUAUGCGACUUUGACGAACUCUUGGAGGAACCACGUUUCGCCUCCAUCGAGAAAAUAAAAACGGUUGGCGCCACCUAUAUGGCCGCUUCCGGUCUAAAUUCAGCACAUUUGCUUGCACGUGGAGAAACAGCGGAAGAUAGCGUUUGUGAUCUGGUUGAGUUCGCUUUUGCGAUGAAGCAAAAGUUGGAGGAAAUCAACAAGGAAGCAUUCAACAACUUUCAACUACGCGUGGGCAUCUGCAGCGGACCAUUGGUGAGCGGUGUGAUUGGUGCGCGAAAGCCGGUCUAUGAUAUCUGGGGCAAUACGGUGAACGUGGCCUCACGUAUGGACUCCACCGGCGAGAAUUGGCGCAUUCAAGUUUCCACCAAAACUUCGGAACUAUUAAAGGCCAAGGGAUACACGUGUGUGAAACGCGGCAAGAUAAAUGUGAAGGGCAAGGGGCUAAUGGUCACGUACUUUGUGCAUCCUAAAGGCGCCAGUGAAAGUCAAUUAUCUUCACCGGUACGGCUGCCGGCGGGUGUGCCGCUAUCGCAGACACCGAAUUUACAACGCCAAACAUCGCAUCAUGGCUCUUUCAGCGCCGUAGUGUUUGGCAUGUUGCAGGCAUCGAAGCGUAGCACAACCAUUGCGGGCACACCGACUGGCACUCCCUCACCGCAAAUAAGACGUGGUCGAUGUGGUAGUACCUUCAGUUCGGUGCGCCUAUCGCAAAAGUCUACCACCACCAAUAACCCGGUGAGGCGGAAUACAACACGAGUGCGUGGUCGCUCAUAUCGACAAAAGAAGAGCUCGUCCAACAACUCGAUUGUAACACAGACCAGUAACUCGUAUAUAUCGUCCUUUCGAGGUAUCGAUCAAAUUGAGACGACACUGUCCAAAAGUCAUAACGAUGCUUUAUAGCCUAUGCGCAAUUGGGUGUAAAAUGCACCUGUGCAUGGCAACAAAACUUAUUUUAUUUAUUAUACUUACAAUUAGCUAAAAGUAGUUUAGAAUACAUAUUUACGUAAAUACGUGCAUAGAAUAGGUGCAACACUUUGUCGAAAGAAACAAUUUUAAAAACACUUCACAGUGAUCCCUUUGAUGUACUUGUAAACUGAUUUCAAUUAAGCAAAAAGUGCAUUUAUUUUUCGACCGUUUUUUAAGUUAGAUAGAUUCAUAAAUAUGUAGGUAAAAUGUAUAAUAUAUAACAUAUGCAUGUGUAUGUACUUAAAUGUCUGUAAUUCAGUUACAUACGGCGAAAGUGAAUGUGAACAGAUUUAGCUUUAUUUUAAUUGUAUGUAUAAAGAAACUAAGAAGUGUAAGAUGAAUUUUAAAAUUUCCCUAGAAGUUAAGCAAUCAAAGGACAACACUAAGCAAGUAUAUUUCAAUGUAUGUGUGCACAUGUGAAUAUAAGUAUGAUACCAUAUUUUGAUAACAGAACCCUAUGGUAUAAUACAGACGUAGGCCCCAAAAGCUAUAAGGUAACUGGAGGAGUUCCUCAAGGCUCUGUACUACGCCGGACUCUGUGGAAUAUUAUGUAUGAUGGAGUGCUACGCGUUGAACACCACGAACAAGCAAGUAUUGUUGGGUAUGCAGAUGAUCUAGCUGUGGUAGUUGUAGGGAAACGCUAGAAGAGGUUUCUCGAAGGGUAGAGGACACAAUCAAUAAAAUUAAACAAUGGCUACAAUCGUAUAGGCUAAGACUAGCAGCCCAUAAGACCGAACUGGUCCUCAUAAGUUCUCGGCGAAAAGUUGAAAACCUUCAAAUUAUGGUUGAAGGUCACAUUAUAACAUCAACAGAUACCAUAAAAUAUUUAGGAAUGAUGGUCGACAGAAGGCUCAGUUUUAAAAAGCAUCUGGAAUACGCCAGCUCGAAAGCUGCAAAAUCCUGCGCGGCUUUAUCGCGACUGAUGCUCAAUGUGUCGGUAUCGUAUCUUUAGAAGAUUCCACCUCCCAGGUCCGCAUACCAAAAAAAAAUGUAGAUUUUGGAGUGAGAAACAUGUACACUUAAAAAUACCACAAAAGUAUUUUUUUGUUUCAUCAAACACAUUUUACGAACUUUAUUAAAUUAAUGAAAUAAUGAUAGGUCCACAUAAAGAAAAUUAAAGAGUCGUUCUUAAAGAAAUAACACCGCCGCCGAAACCGAAGAGAUUGAUUCGUGACUGUCAUUCGGGAGUGCGUGGAUUCGAAUCUCGCAUGAACAUCAAAUAAUCCAAAAAGUUUUUUUCCAUAAUAAUAGCGGUCGCCCCUCGGCAAGUAAUAGCAAACGUCCGAGGGUAUUUCUGUCAUAAAAAAUCUUCUCAUAAAAACCAUUGGCCGUUCGAAGUUGUUUAAAACUGUGGAUCGCUCCAUUUGACUACAAAUAGGAGGAGGAGCUCGGUCAAAUACCUUACAGAGGUGUACGCGCCAAUUAUUUUUUUUUUUUUCUUUGUUCAGAAAUGUAUUUUAUUUUUAUUUUUAUUUUUAAUACGCAGCUAAUUUUAGUUUUUUGAUGUAACCAAAAACCAAUUAGAGUGUGUACUUAAGCAAUCAAAAUUAACUAAAAAAAAUCGUGGAACGAAAUAAUGAUAGGGUCAUAUACGUGAAAUGAAAAAAUUUCAUAAAAAAUUAAGCUAUUGAAUUUAACGCCAGCAAUUUAAAUUUUUUGGGUGAGCCCUGAAUAAUUAUGAUUUGCUGUAGUCGUCAUGGCAUUGAAUCGGCUUUCUGACGGUUUUUUUCUGCAAUGACAUCCGUGAAGAGAAAACUCUCAUUAGUACUGCUAUACUGGCCAAAAAAAUAUUACCUCACGGGGCUGGUUAGCUACUAAAUUAUUGUUGACGCCGGCGAAACUCUGUGUGUCUUAGGUCUUUACAUACGCGCAGAUUCUCUUCCUACUGAUUAGCUGAUUUCUGCAUAAAAUCUACAAUAUUUUCUUGGAUUCGCGGGUGCAUAGCGGGGGCAUUAAACAAGUCGUCUUCAACAUCUUCUUCCCUGUCCGUGCAGAUUGGGAAGUUUGGUGAACUGACAUGGCCAAACCUAUGUAGAUAUUUUCUUAAUACCCCGUGCCUUGAAAGAAAUUGGAUUAGGUGGUAGUUUGUUCCCCCGUGGUUCCUUUGUAGCCACGUUGUCUCGCGUACAUCUACUCUUGGGCGAGCUGUUCUAUCUGCCCUGGCAGUAGGCGAUAGUCAGCGAUUUCUUUACGCAUUGCUCUAUCGGCAAGUACGCAUAGCCUUAUAAAUAAUCUCUGCAUUUCUUUAGCCAGAAUAUCAACUAGGAUUACUCCUGCUAUGAAGAACGAUGCGCCAUCAGAAAUUGUCGAUAGUCCGCAAAGCGCUUAGUUCGUUUUUUUUCAUGUCUAUUUAGGUUCAUGUGCUUUCUGACGUUGUUUUGAUCAAUUCGACCCAACUCAGUUCGGAUUACAUUUUUUAAUCUUUUAACAUUGUUAAAUUGUCGCCCAUUGUUGAAAACUUGUUUUGACAGGAUGCUUCAAAGAUUUUCUAUCGGGUUGCGUCCUGGAUUGCAAGCGGGCCAUUCUAAAAAUGGCAACCAUAGGACUUAAAAAAAUCCUUAGUUCUUUUCGUGGCUGUGAACUGCUGCGCUGACCUUUUUAAACAUAUCAUACAUUCGGGAUCACGAAGACCGCAAUAUGCGUUAUUUCUACAAAAAUGAAUGUCGCAAAAUACACAGAGCUGAGCGUUUAGCUUCUUGGUAAAUAUUACAUGUUUUUUAUAAUGAGAUAUAAAUAGUUCGUCGUGCAUCAUUGCUCGACCGCAGAAUGCAAAUUGUAGCUGUUAAAUGGGUUGCGUACCUCAUGUAGAAACUUCGCAUCAUCUGCACACAUCAGGCAAUUUGCAAACUUAAAAUGAUUCGGUACGGCAGUAAUAAAAAUUUCAAACAACAACUAGGGCACAAGGGAAUAGAGGGAAAUGGGAGAGUUGACGAGCUUGCUAAGGCAGGCAGCCGCUUGCUCAGUUUUGAAGGCGGAACUAGACGAGGAACUAACUCUGGAAGUGCAGUCUAUAUGGGAAGCUUCGACCUCCCACAGGAUAGCCAAAAUAAUGCUUUGAACUUUCAACGCGAAAACAACUAAUUUUAUUUUAUCACCCCCCAAGGAAGGAAUGUAAAAUAUUGUAGCACUCCACAUCACGCAGCUGUAAUGGGAUUGGCCCAGAACCAUGCGUGUAACUUAUGCGAAGAAAAAAAGGUUGCGUUAGAAUACCUCAUAUGUCUCUGUCCUGUUCUCCUUACAACUAUCUGGGAUCGGUAUACUUUUCAUUUUUGAAGGAUAUUGGUGACAGAAUUUUAAACAGUUUAUUAAAACUCGCCAAGACCAAGACGAACUAUGAUUAACACGACUCCGAAAACAUUGAUAACACUACGGACCCUUAUGGUCGGAAAUUUGAGAAAUUUAUUCUGAUCGGCCGAGUAUACCUAACCUAUACUAUGUAAUCAAUCAUCCUUUUGGCCGUGCUUCUCGCGCAAUUUGUAUUAAGCGUCUCUAUGUUGGAGCUACAGUUUUAUGCCGACUGCGACGAGCGGCAAUUGGUUUUUAUGAGAAGCUUUUUCGUGGCGUAAAACGCUCAAAACAUUCAUGUUUUUUAACGAAAUGCGGCCGUCAUUUGAAAAAACUUUUUUCUAUAAUUUUAAAUUUCAUGUCUUCAAUUGGAUUUGAACCGAUGCUCACUGAAUGGUAGUCGCGCACAAAUCCGCCAUGUAGACGGCGGCAGCACAACAACCUUCGUAAAUCAACUUAUCUGGCAACUCUUACCCGUAAGACGUAUCGUAAACCUACAGUUAGAUCACCUCGAUUGUAUCAAUUAACAGGCUCGGGGUAGCGCUAAUGUCAUGCCGCUACUACAACAAUAACAAUACCAUUUAAUUAUUUGCAAAAUUAAAUCGAUCUUGACAAUAUGAGCGUUAGCAACAUCCGUUAACUCUACGCUGGGCACCCGGGUCUAGCGAGACUUUUUCGACUUCGGACAUGAAUUUAAUAUAUUUAUAUUAUAGCUAAUGACUUGAGCUUCCAGGUAGCUUUUGAAAAUUUAAUUUUCUAUCGAUUUAUGGAUAUAACGUUUUCCAAAGGAUCCUCGAGAAGGACGAAAAAAUACCAGACCUGGAUGCCCAACCGAAGAUUUUAAAAAAGGUUUCCGACAAAGGGUUAAGGUCUAAAUUUAUUGGCCAACCUACUGUGCAAAGGAUUAGCCAAAACUCCACUUACCAGUGGAAACCUAAAAUCUGUACAUUUCGAUUAUUAUAGUGUAAUUUCUCUAGACUGAAACGUAACUUAGUAAACCGCUUACUCCAGCCUUAAGAAACUUAGAGAUCUUUUCAUUUUGACUUCGUAAGUUGCAUAGAUUGAAAGCGGUUAGAGUAUUAAGUUUAAUUCAACAAGGUUUCUAAAAUUUGUAUGUGAUAAAUUAAAUUUAUUUGAUGUGGCAUCUUUAAAAACUACUUAUACAGCAUGAUGUAAAAUUAUUAGGUUCAGGCUGAUUUUAACACUAUCUCCACCACAAAGGUGUGUAUUUUAAAAGUAUUGUUUAGCUGAAGGCCACCAGAAGACCAGAAUUAGAAUUAGAAUAGAAUCAAAACAGGUAGGGUCUACUUUUUGUUAGCUCACUGAAACUCAGAAGAAAAACAUUUGAAAAAAUGUCAUGAUUUGUUUGGCAUGAGACUGUAUACGUAAGCUGAUUUGACCGCUUGCGUAAACACCUUUAAUUCUUACAUAUCUUUAGUUAAGUUUACUUCUAGAGUAAUUACACUAUUACACUUACAGUAAAUUAAGUUCAAUUUAAGUUCUAUGUAGAUUAACUGGGCCUAUACUUAUAAGUAAAAAAAACCGGCUAUUUGGUCAGUGCUACCAUUGAGAAAUUGUUUAUCAAAUUAAUUGUUUUUCUUUAUCAUGAAACCCGUAGUGGUAAAUUCGUGCAUACAUACAUACACUCUGAGUUUAUUGUUGUCGAUAAAUGUACUAUUUAAAUGCAUAAAGUAAAUAUGUAUAUUAUAUGUGCCUAUAUACAAAUAAUUGUCUUAAUAUGUAUUUAUGUGCAUUAAUGAAAAUAUGUAUGUAAUUUUAUCUACUUUUAAACUUCUUUUAUUCGUCUAGUCGUUAGCUUUAAAUAAAAUU